CCUUUCCUUCCAUCUCUUCCCAUCCAAUGUAGGAACUUCGACCAGGAGUGAAGAUUUGGGCUUGGAUUUGAGCUUUAGGAAAUUUCUAGGGUUUAUUUCUUCUGUUAAUGGGGGCUGGAUUCUCUGGUUUUGCAGCAGAAAGUGAAGGAGGUGAUUCUCUUCCGAAGCCUGGUCUGGGAGACUUACCGGAGAGCUGUGUUUCUUCAAUUCUUAUGUAUUUGGAUCCACCUGAUAUUUGUAAAUUGGCACGGUUGAAUGGAGCCUUUCGUGGUGCUUCCUCCGCUGAUUUCGUCUGGGAAACAAAGUUGCCUUCAAAUUAUCGUUACCUGAUCGACAAACUAUUCGAUAAGGUUCCCGUGAAUUUGACUAAGAAGGAUAUUUACGCCAGACUUUGUCACCACAACCGUUUUGAUGGUGGUUCUAAGGAGGCUUGGCUGGACCCGAGGACGAACGCGAUUUUCUUGUCGAUUUCUUCCAAGGCGCUGAGAAUAACCGGGAUAGAUGAUCGGAGAUAUUGGAGUCACAUUCCAACUGAGGAAUCUAGAUUCCGCACGGUGGCUUAUCUUCAUCAAAUCUGGUGGUUUGAGGUAGGAGGGGAAGUUGAGUUCUGCUUUCCAGUGGGAACAUAUAGCCUUUUCUUCAGGGUUCAGCUGGGCAGGGCCUCUAAGAGACUUGGCCGCCGAAUCUGCAACCCGGAGCACGUCCAUGGUUGGGACAUAAAGCCUGUCCGUUUCCAGCUGUCAACAUCAGACGGUCAGCAUGCGCAGUCGCAGUGCUAUUUGAGUGAACCAGGGAACUGGAGUCACUGUUAUGCUGGAGACUUCAUUGUGGAGAACCCCAAUGUGCCAACAAAAAUCAAGUUUUCAAUGACCCAGAUCGAUUGUACACACACCAAAGGGGGCCUUUGUGUAGAUUCAGUUUUGAUAUGCCCUAGUGGGUCUAAACUUUAGAGAGAGGUUAACACGUUUUUUAGUUUGUAGUUGACCUGUAUAGGAACACAGAUGGUGGGAGUAGCCCCAAAAUGUAGAAGAGAAUCAGAUACGGCUUGGGUUCUUUUGGUUCAUCUAAGCCACAGAGGAGAUACAGGGUUUGCAAGCAAAGCAUGGAAUGUGUAUGUAUGUAUCUUGCUUUCUGUUUGU